AGUGUUGUGUAAUACUAUAUAUAUAUACACACACACACACAUACAGAGAGAGAGAGGGGGUUAUAGUUCAAUGGAGUCUCCAUUCAAGAGUGAUAUACUGAAGGGGAAGGUGGCUCUGUUGACUGGUGGGGGUUCAGGAAUUGGGUACGAGAUAUCUGCACAGUUGGGCAAACAUGGAGCCUCUAUUGCCAUCAUGGGUCGACGCAAACACGUCGUUGACUCUGCCGUCUCUGCUCUUCGAUCUCUGAGCAUUCAAGCUAUUGGAUUCGAGGGGGAUGUUCGCAAAAGAGAUGAUGCAAUUAGAGUUUUAGAAUCGACUAUUAACCAAUUUGGCAAGCUUGACAUUCUUGUGAAUGCUGCAGCUGGCAAUUUCCUUGUUCCAGCAGAGGAUUUGUCUCCUAACGGCUUUCGAACAGUGAUAGAUAUAGAUUCUGUUGGCACUUUUACAAUGUGCCAUGAAGCGCUCAAGUAUCUUAAGAAAGGAGGACCAGGGAAGAACCCAUCUAGUGGUGGAAUAAUUAUAAACAUAAGUGCAACUUUGCAUUAUACAGCAACUUGGUACCAAAUCCAUGUUUCUGCUGCGAAGGCAGCUGUUGAUAGCAUUACAAGAAGCUUGGCGUUAGAGUGGGGAACAGAUUAUGAUAUCAGAGUGAACGGGAUUGCACCAGGGCCUAUUGAAGGCACUGCUGGUGUUCGAAAACUUGCACCUGAGGAGAUAAGUAGCAAAAGGAGAGAGCAUGUUCCUUUAUUUAAACUUGGGGAGAAAUGGGAUAUUGCUAUGGCUGCUCUUUACCUCGCAUCUGAUGCAGGGAAAUACAUCAAUGGAACAACAUUGGUCGUUGACGGGGGACUUUGGUUAAGCAGUCCUCGCCACUAUUCGAAAGAGGCGGUGAAACAACUUUCUCGAACAGUGGAGAGGAGAUCUAGAGAUGCGCCUGUGGGGAUCCCCAGGAGCAAGCUAUAGCAACUCCAUUUGAUGAAGAAUGUGUGAGGUUUUGAAUAAGCCACUUGCUCUGGAUUACAUUUUAAGUAUCAAGUAAAAGGGGAUUCCAUAAUCAUUUUGAAGAAACAUGUGAUUGUUGUACAAUGUAUAAAUGCACGUGGAACAGUUGGUGCAUGAAAUUGAUUUGUUUGAUCCUUUAUAA